ACAAUCUUGUGAGUUAUUUUGUUAGAAUUCCAAUGAAAAUUCACUUCGGACAUUGUGAUUGGAAAUUAUCAUUCUCGGUGCGCCUGCGUCUGUAGUUUAUGUACCCUAAAUGUUAUAUUUUGUCAUUAGAUGGUUUGCCGACAUAACCUGAAACCUAAUUCUCGCGAACCAUAAACUUUAGCGAAUUAUUUGAAGUCGGAAGAACCUGCAAUAACUUCAACUAGGGGACAAGUAUCGGUGUACUAUCACGGGAAUAUGGCUAUGGCAUAUAUAUCUAAUAGGCUACCUAGUUUUAUAACUUUUGCUUUGGAGAAGAUACGCAGUCGUGGAGGGAAGUGUUCCCUGUUCAGUGUGGGAUGCUAGCGGACCGGUGGCGAGCCGAGGCUGAAGGAGCAUGGUGAAGCACCAACCCUUGCAGCAGGUCUAUGAGAAGCAGCUGUGUUUGUCCUUCCUCACUGGGAUCUAUGGCUGCCGCUGGAAACGCUACCAGCGUUCCCAUGACAACAGCUCCAAGUGGGAAUGUGCAUGGUUCAUCAUCUUGUGCAGCACCUUCUCCCUGCUCCUCUUCUGGGCUUACUUCUGGUUGGAGGCCCACAAUGACUACAACCAAUUCAACUGGUUACUAUACAACCGUUCUGGGGAAUGGAAGGACGGCACUGUCCCCAUUCUCGCAACCACCGCAGUUGGCUUUAGUUACAUAACAUUUUUAAUGAUUUUAGCACUCUGUCAUAUUUCACUGGGACAGCAGCUGAACCUCUACUGGAUCCACAAGAUUAGUGUGUUGGCUGCCUUGAUCACCACUGUCAGUGGUGUGGUCUCCAUCAGUGACGUGUGGGGGGACGAAUGGGACAUCAUUCUUAUAUCGCUACAGUCCACAGGUCCUUUCCUGCACAUAGGAGCUCUGGCUGCUGUCACAGCGCUGGGUUGGCUGGUCGCUGGACAUGUGAUCCGUGCAGGGAGAACCAAGUUCCACUUGAUUGUGCUGCUUGUCUACCUGAGUGUCCUGCUGGUCCUCUACAUGGCUCCCCUUGCCAUCACCUCACCCUGCAUCAUGGACAGGAACAGCCUCAAACCUCGACCUGAUGUCAUUGGAAGACGGGGGGCUCCUAUGCUGGCUCCAGAGAACACACUGAUGUCCUUCAACAAGGCCCUGCAACAGGGGGUCAGCUCCCUGGAGGCCGACGUCUCCGUCAGUCUGGACGGGGUGCCCUUCCUGAUGCGAGACCGCACCCUGAGAAGGACCACUAACAUCGCCAAGGUCUUUCCAGACAAACAGCACGAGGACGCCUCUCUCUUCAAUUGGACAGAGAUUCGCUCUCUAAAUGCGGGGCAGUGGUUUUUGGAGAGCGACCCCUACUGGACGGUUGGGUCUCUGACAGGGAGGGACCGGAACCGAAUGGGGAAUCUGACAGUGUGUAGCCUGGUAGAGAUGCUCCGCCUGACAGCCAGGGCCAACCGCUCAGCCCUGUUAAACCUCCAUAGACCUCCCCCAGAACACCCACACUACAAGACCUGGAUCAUGGACACCCUGUGGGCCGUCCAGAGGUCUGGGAUAUCACAGAAGAGGGUGACGUGGACCCCGGACACAGACAGGGGCCGUGUCAGGGGGCUGCAGCAGACCUCCUUAGAGAAACUGUCAGUGGAGGAGCUCAGACACAGGGGCAUCAGCAGCCUCACCCUGCGCUACUCACAGGCCAGUAACAAGGACAUUCAGGACUUCCUGGUGAACAACAUGAGUGUGAUGGUGUACCCGGUGAAUGAGCCGUGGCUCUACUCAGUGCUGUGGUGCAGCGGAGUGCCUUCUGUCUCCUCCGACGCCCCCCAGGUCCUCCGCAAGGUGCCCUACCCCAUCUGGCUCAUGAGCCCAUAUGAAUACUGCUUAGUCUGGAUCACCUCAGAUCUUGUCUCCAUCGCCAUAGUUACAGGAAUAUUCAUCUUUCAAAAAUGGAGGAUGAGUGGCAUGCAGAACUACAACCCAGAGCAGAUCAUGCUGAGUGCUGUGACACGCCGGCCCAGCCGAGACGUCAACAUCAUGAAGGAGAAACUCAUAUUCUCAGAGGUAAGCAAUGGAGUAACCAAUACAGAUGAACAUUUAUAUCCAGAGAAUGGCUAUGACAUUGGGCAGUACAAGUGAGCUGUGUCUGUAUACCUGGAGAAUGGCCUGGACAAUGGGCAGUUCAGAUGAAUUGUCUCUAUAUCCUGAGAAUGGCAAUGCAAUGCGCAGUACAGAUGUGUUGUCUCUGUACCUGUUUGAGCUGGUUGUGCCAACUACACUUAUGACGACAUCACACGGAGACUGCAACAGACAGAAUCACAAUGGCUGCUACUUUAAACUUAGAUGUUUCCGCCAACAUGUUAGAACUUUGAACUUCUAAAAGUUGUGAAUGUUCAAUGUUUUGAAGACUGUUGAUCUACUUGCUGGAGUGACCUUUUUAAAAGUUGUAUUUCAAGCUCUGAAGGAUCAUGGGAUGUUUUUUCUUCUCAACUUUUUGUAAAUAUGACUUUUGUUUUUCAGUUAUUUUCUUUUCCCUCUGAGAGGAUUGUCAUGGUUUGGUGUUCUAAAUAAACGGCUCAAAAAAAUAAAGGGAACACUAAAAUAACACAUCCUAGAUCUGAAUGAAUGAAAUAUUCUUAUUAAAUACCUUUUUCUUUACAUAGUUGAAUGUGCUGACAACAAAAUCACACAAAAAUGUAUCAACCCAUGGAGGUCUGGAUUUGGAGUCACACCCAAAAUUAAAGUGGAAAACCACACUACAGGCUGAUCCAACUUUGAUGUAAUGUCCUUAAAACAAGUCAAAAUCAGGCUCAGUAGUGUGUGUGGCCUCCACGUGCCUGUAUGACCUCCCUACAACGCCUGGGCAUGCUCCUGAUGAGGUGGCGGAUGGUCUCCUGAGGGAUCUCCUCCCAGACCUGGACUAAAGCAUCCGCCAACUCCUGGACAGUCUGUGGUGCAACGUGGCGUUGGUGGAUGGAGCGAGACAUGAUGUCCCAGAUGUGCUCAAUUGGAUUCAGGUCUGGGGAACGGGCGGGCCAGUCCAUAGCAUCAAUGCCUUCCUCUUGCAGGAACUGCUGACACACUCCAGCCACAUGAGGUCUAGCAUUGUCUUGCAUUAGGAGGAACCCAGGGCCAACCGCACCAGCAUAUGGUCUCACAAGGGGUCUGAGGAUCUCAUCUCGGUACCUAAUGGCAGUCAGGUUACCUCUGGUGAGCACAUGGAGGGCUGUGCGGCCCCACAAAGAAAUGCCACCCCACACCAUGACUGACCCACCGCCAAACCGGUCAUGCUGGAGGAUGUUGCAGGCAGCAGAACGUUCUCCACGGCGUCUCCAGACUCUGUCACGUCUGUCACAUGUGCUCAUGUUCUCAGUGUGAACCUGCUUUCAUCUGUGAAGAGCACAGGGCGCCAGUGGCGAAUUAGCCAAUCUUGGUGUUCUCUGGCAAAUGCCAAACGUCCUGCACGGUGUUGGGCUGUAAGCACAACCCCCACCUGUGGACGUCAGGCCCUCAUACCACCCUCAUGGAGUCUGUUUCUGACCGUUUGAGCAGACACAUGCACAUUUGUGGCCUGCUGGAGGUCAUUUUGCAGGGCUCUGGCAGUGCUCCACUUGCUACUCCUUGCACAAAGGUGGAGGUAGCGGUCCUGCUGCUGGGAUGUUGCCCUCCUACGGCCUCCUCCACGUCUCCUGAUGUACUGGCCUGUCUCCUGGUAGCGCCUCCAUGCUCUGGACACUACGCUGACAGACACAGCAAACCUUCUUGCCACAGCUCGCAUUGAUGUGCCAUCCUGGAUGAGCUGCACUACCUGAGCCACUUGUGUGGGUUGUAGACUCCGUCUCAUGCUACCACUAGAGUGAAAGCACCGCCAGCAUUCAAAAGUGACCAAAACAUCAGCCAGGAAGCAUAGGAACUGAGUGGUCUAUGGUCACCACCUGCAGAACCACUCCUUUAUUGGGGGUGUCUUGCUAAUUGCCUAUAAUUUCCACCUUUUGUCUAUUCCAUUUGCACAACAGCAUGUGAAAUGUAUUGUCAAUCAGUGUUGCUUCCUAAGUGGACAGUUUGAUUUCACAGAAGUGUGAUUGACUUGGAGUUACAUUGUGUUGUUUAAGUGUUCCCUUUAUUUUUUUGAGCAGUGUAGUAUGCUAUUAUAAGACUGAAUUCACUCUCAUGAUAAGUAGUGUGUGUCCUCCUAUCGAUGUGUGAAGGACAUUUUGCAUCAUUGGGAAUGUACACUGUUCUUGCAUUGUGGUUAUACAGGUAUGCACAUGAAGGGCAUUCAAUAGUCAACGUAGUCCAUGUUGCAAUCAUAUUUUCUCUGCCUAUUCUGUCAUGCCAUGAUUGGUUUGCUUUAGGUUGAAGUUAUUAUAUCCUUAUCUCUUCACGUGGCUGCCUUUUUGUAAAGUAGUUUCUAGGUAUGUUACAAUAAGAGUCUGUUACAGGGGCAGUGUGUUUCAGUACUUAUAUUGUUAUAUGACACAACUCCUAUAAAUAGUAUUUCAGGAACAGAACCAGUCAAAAGUUUGGACACACCUACAGUACUCAUUCCAGGUUUUUUUCUUUAUUUUUACUAUUUUCUACAUUGUAGAAUAAUCAAAACUAUUAAAUAACACAUAUGGAAUCAUGUAGUAACCAAAAAAGUGUUAAACAGAUCAAAUAUAUUUUACAUUUGAGAUUCUUCAAAGUAGCCACCCUUUUCCUUGACAGCUUUGCACACUCUUGGCAUUCUCUCAACCAGCUUCAUGAGGUAGUCAAUUAGAAUGCAUUUCAAUUAACAGGUGUGCCUGGUUAAAAGUUAAUUUGUGGAAUUUCUUUACUUCUUAAUGCAUUUGAGCCAAUCAGUUGGGUUGUGACAAGGUAGGUGUGGUAUAUGGAUGAUAGCCCUAUUUGGUAAAAGACCACGUCCAUAUUAUGCCAAGAACAGCUCAAAUAAGCAAAGAGAAAUGACAAUCCAUUAUUACUUUAAGACAUGAAGGUCAGUCAAUAUGGAAAAUUUCAAGAACUUUGAAAGUUUCUUCAAGUGCAGUCUCAAAAACCAUCAAGCGCUAUGAUGACUGGCUCCCAUGAGGACCUUUGCUGCAGAGGAUAAGUUCAUUAGAGUUACUAGCCUCAGAAAUUGCAGACCAAAUAAGUGCUUCACAGAUUUAAAGUAACAGACACAUCUCAACAUCAACUGUUCAGAGGAGACUGCGUGAAAUAGUCCUUCAUGGUCGAAUUUCUGCAAAGAAACCACUACUAAAGGACACCAAUAAGAAGAAAAGACUUGCUCUGUCUUUGUGAGUUGCAAAGUAGGUGAACGGAUAAUCUCCGCAUGUGUGGUUCCCACCGUAAAGCAUGGAGGAGGAGGUGUGAUGGUGCUUUGCUGGUGACACUGUCAAUGAUUUAUUUAGAAUUCAAGGCACACUUACCCAGCAUGGCGACCACAGCAUUCUGAAGCGAUACGCCAUCCCAUCUGGUUUGCGCUUAGUGGGACUAUCAUUUGUUUUUCAACUGGACAAUGACUCAACACACAUCCAGGCUGUGUAAGGGAUAUUUGACCAAGAAGGAGAGUGAUGGAGUGCUGCAUCAGAUGAUCUGGCCUCCACAAUCCCCCGACCUCAAUCCAAUUGAGAUGGUUUGGGAAGAGUUGGACGGCAGAGUGAAGGAAAAGUGCUCAGCAUAUGUGGGAACUCCUUCAAGACUGUUGGAAAAGCAUUCCAGGUGAAGCUGGUUGAGAGAAUGCCAAGCGUGUGCAAAGCUGUCAUCAAGGCAAAGGGUGGCUACUUUGAAGAAUCUAUAAUAUAAAAUAUAUGUUUAUUUGUUUAAAACUUUUUGGAAUACUACAUGUUUCCAUAUGUGUUAUUUCAUAGUUUUGAUGUCUUCACUAUUAUACUACAAUGUAGAAAAUAGUAAAAAUAAAGAAAACCUCUUGAAUGAGUAGGUGUGUCAGAACUUUUGACUUGAACUAUAUGUGGAUCAUAUGUGGAAAUAAAGCAAUAGAUGUGUCCCUUUAUCUUGGGGAAACAUGACCGUGUAGUUGUACAUCAUAUACUAUGGAUAUUUUGGAUUUUAUUUUUACCUUUUAUUUUUACCAUGUGCAAAUGUACUUACUGUAAUUUUUAAAGUGUUUCUAGUCGAGUUUAAACCCCAUAAUUGUGUGAGUUGGCAAAACAGGUAUAUUUUUAAAUUGCAGUGUUUCACAGAUCUGUUCCUUAAAAGAGUCAUGAUUGUGCUAUUAUAAACGUUUCUCCAUUCAUUAUAAAUGGCACACUGCUAACAACAGAAUGGUCAAAUCUGUUCAGUUUAGGAUUAUACAUUUAGGAAUAAAUAGGCCUGUGUUGGAUUAGGCCCAAUCCAGGAUAUAUGGUGUUUACUGAGAGAUUUGGACAACACUUCCACCAUGUGGACUCCUGCUCUGAAGUAAGGGUGGAGUGAUGUACCUCUCAGAUUUCCAUCUGAAAUCAGCGACUUGCUUAAAUAAAGAAUGUAAAUGUA